UCUUAGCUGUGGGAGGAAGGGCGUUGGCAGGAUGGCAACAACUGCAGUAGUGUGGUGGUAUAUAAGGAUCCGUCUGCCCAGACUAGCUUCUCUCUGGAUAUGGAGCUGGAGUUACAAAGCCAGAGAGGAAAAACCCUGAGCCAGUCUGCCAUCGAAAGCCAGGAGGGUGAAUCCAUGGCCAACUCCAUGCAUGACCAGAUGGCAGACUUCCCCAUGUUGGACCUGGAGACUCCUCCAGAGUACUACAGCUUCAACAGCACUAGGAUGGACCGCACAGAGUGGAACGACACCAGCAUCAACACCAGCCAGUUAGCUGAGCCGGACCUCGACGACUCACUAUCACUCAUGGCCACCAUGGGGAGCACUGAGCAGCCUAGCGGCGCAGUGGAGGUGGAGCCACCUGAAGGCAGUAUGGUGUCUUCCUGCGCUGGAGACCGCAGCGAGUACUGUGAUUGGACUUACGACAACUGCCCCGGCAACCUAGCAAAUGAGGAAGAGGCCUCGAGAUGCGAGCUAGAGAAUAACGGUGUCGACUACCGGAGCCUCAUGAAAGAGGAUGGGAGUAUUCUCAUGUAUAAAGCAAGUAAUGAGGGGACACCUGACUUAAACGUGACACCCCCUCAAGGCCAAACCAAGAUGGACCAGUCUGGUUGGUCUAGAGAGAGUCGCAGUGCACCCCAAAGCCUGAAGAAAGAGGAGCUGUCCAUCUAUGAGGAGUCCUUCUUGUCAAUAAGCCCUGGUGGGGCAUCGGCGGACGUCGUGACCACCACACAGCAUGAGAACGGUAUGUCUGCGUUCUCGCUAGUCAAUCUGAACCAGACUUUUGAUCUCUCGCCUUCACGGGUCACAGAAGCCAGGCUAAGCACAGCCGACCAUUCAACAAAUACUUGGCCUGCCGUCGCUAAACAUGUGUUGGUUGGUAUUGACCACAGUCUAACAGGCUGCAACCAGAACACACAAACUCAGGGCACAGCUACAACUGACAAGUCUGUCAUCACUGAAGUCCACAUGGCAGACCUGGAGUAUCUGACUGAGGAAUUCAUCAAGCUGAAAUUUUCUCAAGAGGAACUGAAAGAGCUGAAAGAGCAAAUGGCAAGCUCUGCAGGCGGUGUGAGUGUGAGAGAUGGAAGAGGCUGUGACAACGCGGUCCGUGGUGAAUGUGACUGUGGCCAGCGUGCCACGCGGGCAGAGCUGAACCUGCUGGCCCUGCAGUAUGGGAUGUGCCAACGGCACUGCUGGAGACGCUACUACACCUCACCUGAGGGAGACCGUCUGGUCCAGGGGACUGAGGGCCCUCCUGAGAGCCUGGUGACGGUGCUGCAGGUCCUGGAGGUAGACUACAGAGAGAUGAGGAGACGGGUCCUGUCAGGUAUACCCCUGGACCAGCUCAGGCCCCUGUCUGUCGACACCCAGAGGAUCACCUCAGGGACCAGCUAUGUCCCCCAACAUAUAAUUGACGAGUCUUUGGGAAAUGCUCUGUCUGAUGCCUCAGGUAGGAGCUCCCAGCAGUUGCAGGUAGAGGAUGCCCGUGUUGACGACGCCAGUGUAGGUGGUGAUGGAGAGUUAAACAGACCCAGUCUGUCCCAGUCUGUUUUAUCAGUCCUUGGACAGGAUGAUGGGAUGGUUGGCAGGAUCAAGGCAGAAGGGCCCGUUGGUAACCCAAAGGCUGAGGACUGCAGAUCUGUGAAAGCGGUCAUCCACCUCCCCCAGCAGCCUGUAGUCAACCGGAGGCCCAGGCCAGGUGGAACCAAAGACCACAACUCGAGCGAGGCGUGGUUCGAUGCAGAGGAGGACCUUGAGCCUGAUGGUGUAGAGCUGAAGGAAGGAGGUCUGGCUGAGGUCCUGGUGGAGGAAGGAAAUGGCAAGAAUAGGGUUGAGGGGGAAAAGCUGCAUGACAGACAUACCCCUAAAGAUUUUUCGUUCACGGGAGGCGUUGGGGAGAAGGAUCAGAGCUCCUUCCUGUGCGUCACAGACCUUCCCAGUGAUGUCACGGAGAGAGAAGUUAUGCUCUGGUUUGAGAAGUAUCAGGCUUCUGAAGUGAGCAUUUCCAUCUUCAGCAACAACCUCCGAGUUGCCAUAGUGACUGUGAGUGGUCCAAAGAUGGCUGACAGUGCAGUGAGUGAGAUGGACGGGUGCAGUAUGCAUGGACAGAAGGUGCAUGUGGCGCACAUCUGCAGCCCAAGCCACACUGGUAACCAGAGCCAGGGUCAGGGGCGGCAAACCCAGCAGCAGCAUAGUCCCUCAGCCAGCACCAAGGCAGGGCCCUCUGGAGACACUCCAUGCCCCCAAGACUCCAAGAGGAGAAACACCCAUAUCACCACCCCACUGAUGCCCCUGCAGCUCAGCCUCCAGAAGAGGACCACCGUGUGUGACUCCCCCACGGCGUCGGGGACCUGUGUGCCCCAGCACUACGCCACCAUGGGUAGCUUCGAUACACUGAUGGCCCAUUUGUCAUUGCGCCACCCAGAGGCAGGGAGGCAAAGGAUUGUAGAUGCCCUGCUGGAGCUGAGGGCCAAACACCAGGGGUUCCUCAGUGGCCUGCCUCUCAAGACCAUUGUAAACAUGACCUCUGACCUGCUGACACGAUAAGGACUCCACUUUCUAUUCUAUUGUUGAUAUUUGCCUUUGUUGAAACACAGGUUACAGGUUUGCCCAAAGCCAGGCUUUUGAUUUACUUGAAUGUAGUAAACAACUUAUCCACUGUUUUGUUUGUUCCUCACAUACGGAAUGUUAUUACUCUACUCUUUUGCUACAAUACUCAGUGAAUUGUUUUAUCUACUUUUGAACCUGAAAAGUGCAAAUAUUAAUAAUUUUUUUGUAGUUUGCAAAUUGUUCAAUUACAAUUUAAUUGUUAAUUCAAAUCACGGUAGAAUUGCAAAGGAGUUUUGCAGAAUGUUUUAUGUUCUGUUUCAGUUAAAAUAAAUCUGAGAACCUGAAAUGUUCUUGGAUAUCAGGGUAGGUUGUGUUUAAAAAUACAUUUGUUUUGUUCUCAACGGGACAAUUUGCUUAAUAAUGUCUGGAAGUGUAGUUCAUGUAUCCUUCCAGAUUCUACCAUUUUCCCCUUUGUCCACCCUUUCAGUAUUAUAAUACUGUUAUUGACAAAGCUACAGUGCCUUCAGAAAGUAUUCAUACCCCUUGACUUAUUCCACAUUUUGUCAGACUGAAUUCAAAAUGGAUAAAAUAGAUCUACACACAAUACCCCAUAAUGACAAAGUAAGCAUGUUUUUAGUUUUGUCAUAUGUAGAAAAUGAAAUGCAGAAGCAUCUCAUUUACAUAAAUGUUCACACCCCUGAGUCAAUACUUUGUAGAAGCACCUUUGGCAGUGAUUACAGCAGUGAGUCUUUCUGGGUAAGUCUAAGAGCUUUGCACACCUGGAUUGUGUAACAUUUGCCCAUUUAUUAUUUUCAAAAUUGGUUGUUGGUCUUUGUUACAACCAUUUUCAGGUUUUGCCAUAGAUUUUCAAGCUGUAACUCAGACACUCAGGAACAUUCACCCGCUUCUUGGUAAGGAAUUCCAGUGUAGAUUUGGUCUUGUUUUAGGUUAUUGUCCUGCUGAAAGGUGAAUUGAUCUCCCAGUGUCUGGUGGAAAGCAGAUGACCAGGUUUUCCGCUAGGAUUUUGCCUGUGCUUAAUGCCAUAAUGUUUUGUGUUUUUUAUUUUUAUUUUUUUAUUUUAUUCUCCCCAGUCUUUUACGAUUACAAGCAUACCCAUAACAUGACGCAUCCACCACUGUGUAUUUUCCGAAGGCACUGUAAUUAGCCUGUUGGAUGUAUAAUUUCUGUUUGGAUAUUGUUGCUUUAAUAAAAGAGACUAUAGUUUGGGA